AUGGGUCUCCUCAAAGGCGGGUCCCCAUGCGCUCGGACCAUGGUGCGCUUGGGCGCUGUGCGCUCCCACUACUGCGCGCUGCUGCUGGCUGCGGCGCUCGCCGUCUGUGCCUUCUACUACCUGGGCUCCGGCAGGGAGACCUUCUCCAGCGCCACCAAGAGGCUGAAGGAGGCCCGCGCCGGGGCUCCCGCCGCGCCCUCGCCCCUCUCGCAGGAGCUGGCACGCAGUUCCGCAGCACCGGCGCCCGGGGCCAAGGCCAAGAGCCUGGAGAGCGGGGGAGCCGGGCCGGUGGACUACCACCUGCUGAUGAUGUUCACCAAGGCGGAACACAACGCUGCGCUGCAGGCCAAGGCCCGAGCCGCGCUGCGCUCGCUGCUGCGCUUCGCCAAGUUCGAGGCUCAUGAGGUGCUUAACCUGCACUUCGUGAGCGAGGAGGCCAGCCGCGAGGUGGCUAAGGCCUUGUUGCGGGAACUACUGCCGCCUGCCGCGGGCUUCAAGUGCAAGGUCAUCUUCCAUGAUGUCACCGUGCUCACCGACAAGCUCUUCCCCAUUGUGUCGGCCAUGCAGAAGCACUUCAGUGCUGGCUCUGGGACCUACUACAGCGACUCCAUCUUCUUCCUCUCGGUGGCCAUGCAUCAGAUCAUGCCCAAAGGCCUGUGUUCCCAAAGCUCUGAAGUCGAAGAGAAUGGAGGCCGAAUGUCUGACUCAGACCUCGCCGAG